AUGCACUCCAAGUUCCUCGUCCUGAGCUUCCUCGCCAUGAUCGGAUUCGGCCUUGCUGCCCCUACACGCCAACCCGAGCACGGGACCGUGCCCACCCUCGUCAAUGUCGACGCGCACCAGGAUCAGAUCUAUGACCACGAUGAUUUCAGUCACCCCGGUAGCCAGGAUGCCAACACCGACCGUCUCAUCAAUGCCCCGGUCAAGCCCGCUAAAUAAGGGAUCCCAUCAUACCCUCUACCAGGGCAUCCAGGUUGGACUUUGUCUAUUUUCGCAUUGAUAGAGGAAGAG